CAGUCAGAAGUAAAGAUAGAUUAAACCAAAGCUUACUUUGAUCUCAACAGAAACUCCGGACACUGUCUGACACUGUUACAAUGAAAACUAUACUAUAUGUAUUAUUUGUCUUGGCCUGUGGGGCUGUGCCUGUGGUCAGCGUCCCAUUGUCAACAUGCGUGACGUCUUCAGGAUUACAUAUUGCGGACGGCUACACUUUUAAAGCGACACCAUGUGAGUUUUGCACUUGCCAUAUUGGACAUCUAACAUGUGGCGUCCAAGACUGUGCCCUCCCAAACUGUGAAAGUUACACAACUCCCCCAGGACAAUGUUGCCCUGUGUGUCAGAGCGUCAAGGAUUCUGUACCUGCUAUUUGAAAUCACGGAUUGUGGUAAUUUUUUUUAAAAAAAAUAAAGAGUUGACAAUGAAA